AUGCCUCCAGCGAUUGAGCAUGCUUCAAAAGUACUUGAAACUGUCGAAGCGACACUAUCAAAUGAGACAAGUGGAGGCAGAAUGUUCCGUUGUAUGAGUAUAUCGUAACAGAAAGGUUAUACCGAGGGAGACUCUGCCAGAGAAGACUUGCAUCGAACCCCAAUACACGCUGGCAGUUCGAGAAGUCCCGUUCCCGAUGCCGAAUUCAAUAUGGAGGACUAUGAGAGAAGUAAUGAAAAGGAUGUUCGAGAAAAGCAUCAUCUGGCGGGGGUUCUCAGUAAAUUCGCAGAACUGACGGAGAAUGUUUUGAGGGCUUUCGUUCCUAUCGGUUGUGUCUCCAUGGUGGCUGAGAAGUAUCAUGCAACAGUGGACGCUAUAAUCAAGGUAGGUUCAAAAAUGAACUUCAGCUGUUCACUACUGACUCUAUGUGAUUUUAUCGAGGCUCUGAACCAAGCCCAUUCUCAAAAUGAAACCGGUAGAUAUCCUGGCGAGGUCGUCUGGAUCUUGGAGGAUUUAGCUCCUUGGAAACAAAGGAGAUAUAACAUACAACCUUUGGUUGUCACCGUCAAAGAAUGCGUCGAUUGUCAGAACCAUGCCGGUUUCGCCAGCAAAGCUCUGGCACUACGACAUUUAACCACACGUCACUUUCCCGACAAUAGAGAACCAUCAUCUCAAGAAGCUAUUCAAAUGAUUAGGCAAAAAGGACACGAGCACCAGCGCAGAAUGAGCAUCAAAAUCUUCGAAGCUUGCAAUGAUAUAAUUUUUGUACUUUACAAGAAGAUAUUAAUGAUUGGGCAUGGUGUUCGCACCUCAGAUGGCACGCAUAAUCCUCGCUUUCGACUUUCCCUAUCGCUUGUUAACACCUUUGAAACGACUUUGAGGUUUUUACUCCAUAUUUUGGUAUACAUUGACCGUCUGACUUUCUCCCAUACUUUUUAAAGUCCGAGGAACUCAACAACAAAGCUCAUUCUUUUUUGCUUUCACAAAAGGUCUGUUUGGAUGAUAUUCUCAAGCGUGCCAAGGAAGAUCUUUUAGCUAUAACCCGAGGAGAUAAUGAGAAUCUCUUCCAGAGAAGCCAGGUGGUGGGGCCACAGUAUGUACCAACCAUUUGAUUGCCCCAUCCCAAGGAUCAGAAGAAUGUUUAGAUAUUUGGCUCCCAUAAUCCCCCCACAGCGUCCUGAAUUCAAUCUCCCAAAUCCGAACUAUUUCCCAAUGGAUUCUAAAGGGUAUUUCCUGAUCUCUUGUACAGGUACAUCAUGGCACAAUUCUUUCUAAUUUGCAUGCUGGCAUUGGUCAUCCAGAUCUUACCAAAAUCUACAAAGAACAAAUAGAAGCAUUAGUAUUCCUCCCCACACUCCCCAUCGGGCCACACCUCCUUUGCUUUGUUAGUAAGCUAACAUACGGCAAGUCCUUAGAAUCGAUUAGACAUCCACGAAGACGACUCAUUCGGUCGUAUUUAUAUCUUCAAGAGGAAAUCCUAGUGCUCGAAAAAAUCAUGAAACGUCAAAAUUGGAACGCAAGAGAGUUUCAAGAAGUCCUCGCUUCAAACAGCUACCGAGUCACCCAUCAACGACGUUUCACACUCAACGUACUAGAGUCCAAAGUCUUAUAUAGAUUACAAGAGGAGAAAGAAUCCAGUAGGACGAAGUUGGAACAACUGAAUGAUGAAAUCGAUCGUUUGAUCAGACAGACUUUGACAAGUUUGGAAAUCAAAGACGACGAUCAUGGAAAGGCAAUCCUUGUAUUUACUAUUGUAACGCUGGUGUUCUUGCCAUUAAGUUUUGUGUCGAGUUUCUUUGGUAUGAACACAGUUGAUAUCAGGAACCAAUCUGCUAGUCAAUGGAUAUUCUGGGCUGUGGCAGUUCCAGUCACAGCAGCAGUAAUGACAAUUGCGUUGCUUCUUGGGUACAACUUGGAGCGAAUACAGAAUUGGUUUGAGAGAACAAUGGGAAAAGUGAAAAGUCACUGA